CUGCGCGGGCUGGUCGGGCGCAGGGGUCCCUGGGAAGAUGGCGGCCCCCGUCAGAGGCCGAUAAGGAAAAAUCUCCAAGUUACGCCCUCGGGAGCGGCUCCCGCGCGGCAGCUUCUCCCCCCACCUCCCCGGGACCAUGUCCGGAGCGCAGAACUCUGCUGCUCACAAUGAGAAUUCUUCUAGAAUCAUUCGAGUUGGAACAAGAAAGAGUCAACUUGCUCGGACUCAGACUGGCUCUGUGGCAGACAUGCUGAAAGAACUUUAUCCAAAUGCAGAACUUGAAAUUGUUGCUAUGACAACCACUGGGGACAGAAUUCUGGAUACAGCUCUCUCAAAGAUUGGAGAGAAAAGCCUGUUCACAAAGGAGCUGGAAACUGCAUUGGAGAAAAACGAGGUUGACCUGGUAGUUCACUCUCUGAAAGACCUGCCGACCACUCUUCCCCCAGGAUUUACAAUUGGAGCCAUCUGCAAGCGUGAAAUUCCCUUUGAUGCUGUAGUUCUGCACCCGAGCCAUGCAGGAAAAUCCCUGGAAACACUACCGGAGAGGAGUGUGGUGGGAACUAGCUCUUUACGACGAGCAGCACAGCUCAGAAGGAGAUUUCCUCACUUGGAAUUCAAGGAUAUUCGAGGCAAUUUGAACACAAGACUAAAGAAGCUUGAUGAGAAAAGUGAUUACAGUGCUAUUGUACUGGCAGCAGCUGGCCUGCGAAGAAUGGGAUGGGAGAAUCGGAUUAGUCAGAUUCUAGAGCCUGAAGAUUGUAUGUAUGCUGUGGGCCAGGGUGCCCUGGGUGUAGAAGUGAGAAUGAAUGACACUGCUGUCCUGGACAUGGUAUCUGCUCUCAACGACACGGAAACAGUCCUGCGCUGCAUUGCUGAGCGUUCCUUCAUGAAGCACCUGGAAGGAGGCUGCAGUGUACCUGUUGCUGUUCACACUGCCAUUAAUGAAAAUCAGCUCUACCUCACAGGGGCUGUGUACAGUCUCGAUGGAUCUGACAGCUUGAAAGAUACUAUGCAAAUAAGUGUAUCAACUCAAACCCAGGAUGAAGACUGCAGCAAUGAUGACUUUCAGCAUGUUGGGAUCACAGCAAAGAGGAUACCUCACCAUUCCCAGGCAGCGGCUGAAAAAUUAGGGAUGCAAUUGGCUAAUCUUCUGCUUAGCAAAGGUGCCAAGGAGAUCCUGACUGUUGCUAGGCAGCUGAAUGAUACAAGAUAAUGCUCUGUUUUUAUGCUGAAGAUUGGUGAAUAUUAUGUUGUUAUUUAGAUGUUUAUAAUGUUAUAAAUGCACAAUAACCAAAGGUAACAGGCAGUAUCCCUAUUGCAUAGCUUAUGCACCCAGUUUGCUUGGUAAAACAUUCUCUAUUUUAUUAUACUCUGACCUGCUUCAGACUGCCCUCUAAAUAUGGUGUGUUGUUUCACUGACUAACCUUUAUCAAACAGCUGAUAUCCCAUGGCAUUUGGAGACUGCUCCAGUACUUCUGUACGAUCUGGUGUAAUAUCUGCAUCUUCAUGUCUUCAUGCAGAUUGCUGAGAGUUUUUCCCAAGAUAGCAGCUCAGAUCUAAAACAGCUUAUCUGAAGGGUAUACAACUUUGAAGUACUUAUUUUCAAUGAUCUGUUAAUUCAAACUUAAAUCAUGCUUUUAAAGAAAAA